GCGCCAAGCACGGGGCGAUCAACCCGGAAAGAAUCGACUCGGUGCGCACACGAUACGUCCAUCGCAUCGCUACUCUUCAUUACUUCCAUUCAGUUGUCUAUGCCCAUCAGCCGCCUAAAUAGCAGCUCCUGGACACGCACGAUCUCGCCCCUCUUUUCGUCUCUCACAUUCGCCAAGCGCCCUUUCCGCCCCUACACCACCGUCUACACCGAAGCUACAUCCGCCAUGGCCCCCGCUCCCGUUGUCAACCGGACGGCGCACGAGUUUGACAAGACCAACCUCGACGCCGUCCUUACGCGCCGCUUCUUCUUUGCGCCCGCGUUCGAGAUCUACGGCGGUGUCGCCGGUCUCUACGACUAUGGCCCGACCGGCUCGUCACUCCAGGCCAACAUCCUCGACGCAUGGCGCAAGCACUACAUCAUCGAGGAGGACAUGCUUGAGCUCGACACGACUAUCAUGACUCUCGCCGAGGUGCUCAAGACUUCGGGCCACGUUGACAAGUUCGCCGACUGGAUGGUCAAGGACGUUGUCAACGGCGAGAUUUUCCGUGCCGACCACCUCGUCGAGGCCGUGAUCGAGGGCCGUCUCAAGGGCGACAAGGAGGCGCGCGGGAUCAAGGAGGACCCCAACGCCGAGAAGGAGGAGGACCCGAAGAAGAAGAAGAAGAAGUCCAAGGUCAAGAGCACGGCAGUCAAGCUUGAUGACGAGGUCGUGGCCGAGUAUGAGUCGGUGCUCGCCCAGAUUGACAACUACACCGGUGCUGAGCUCGGUGGCUUGAUCAAGAAGUACAACAUCACCAACCCCACCACUGGCAACGCCCUAUCCGAGCCCGUCGAGUUCAACCUCAUGUUCGAGUCCAACAUCGGCCCCACCGGCCACAUCAAGGGCUACCUCCGCCCCGAGACUGCGCAGGGCCACUUUGUCAACUUUGCGCGCCUGCUCGAGUUCAACAACGGGCGUGUACCAUUCGCGUCUGCGCAGAUCGGCAAGUCGUUCCGUAACGAGAUCUCGCCGCGUCAGGGCCUGCUCCGCGUGCGCGAGUUCACGAUGGCUGAAAUCGAGCACUUUGUCGACCCCGCCGACAAGAAGCACGCCCGCUUCAACGAGGUCAAGGACGUCGUCCUUGCUCUCCUCCCCAAGGACGUGCAGAUGGAGGGCAAGUCGGACAUCACGCACAUGUCGAUCGGUGACGCCGUGGCCCAGGGUAUCGUCGACAACGAGACCCUCGGCUACUUCCUCGCGCGCACGCAGCUGUUCCUCACCAAGAUCGGCAUUGACCCCAAGCGCAUGCGCUGCCGGCAGCACAUGGGCAACGAGAUGGCGCACUACGCCACCGACUGCUGGGACUUUGAGAUCCAGUCGUCGUACGGCUGGAUCGAGUGUGUCGGCUGCGCGGACCGCUCGGCAUACGACCUCUCGGUGCACCAGGCUCGCACCAAACAGCCUCUGCGUGUGCAGCAGCGCCUCGACGAACCUAUUACCGUUGAGAAGCUGGAGUGCACGUUUGACGCGAAGGCGUUCGGCAUCAAGUUCAAGAAGGACGCUGGUACGAUCAAGGAGACGCUGCUGGCGUCGGACAAGGAGCGCCUGCAGUGCAUCAAGGACGAGCUCGAGGGGCCAAGCAAGAGCAGCAAGGUCAAGUGCUCUGACGGCAAGACGUACGAGAUUACUGCCGACCUGGUCACGAUCACGCCCAAGACUGUGACCGAGCAUGUGCGCGAGUUCGUGCCCAACGUCAUUGAGCCGUCGUUCGGCAUUGGCCGUAUCCUUUACUCGCUGCUCGAGCACUCGUACUGGGCGCGUGAGCAGGACAAGGCGCGUGGUGUGCUUUCGUUCCCGGUCCUGGUUGCGCCCAUCAAGGUGCUGAUCGUGGCGAUCUCGAACGACCCCAAGCUCACGGCGGUCAUUCACGACCUCACCCGCAAACUGCGCAAGUACGGCAUUGCGUCGCGUGUGGACGACUCUGGCGCGUCAAUUGGCAAGAAGUAUGCGCGCAAUGACGAGCUGGGCACGCCGUUUGGCUGCACGGUUGACUUCGCUAGUGAGUACAGAGGAGCUAGAGAGGCUAGACUUGGUUUGUCCGGUGUGUGGGCACGCAGGCGGGCGUGUCUGCACGCCCCGGUGCCUUGGACCUUGCAUGUUGCUUUGAAACUGACUAGCAGCGCUUCAAAAUGGCACGAUCACCCUGCGCGAGCGUGACACGACGGCGCAGCUUAUUGGCAAGAUCGACGACGUGAUUGCGGUUGUCGACGAGCUUGUCAAGGGCACGCUUGACUGGGAGGGUGCGGGCCAGAAGCUCGAGGCGUACAGCGGCGUGCAGGAUGUGGAGUAGAGCUGUAGAGGAGUAGAGAAAAGCGGAGAUGUGCUUUCCGCCAUCUGCGCCAAGUGGCACGCGCAUGCAUGCGUACCAUGUAACCAUGAGACGCUAGUGAUAGCAAGGUUGGAUUAGAAUAGGAACUGGAACUUGA